AUGGAGUUUGUAGAAAGGAGACGAAGCAGGAAGUCGCAAAGCUUUAAACUGAUAAAUGACCAAGCCUUUGAGCCUGAAUACUCUGACAGUGGUGAUCACAGUGACGUAAACGGAGAACCUGUAAACACAGCUGUUGGUGGAGCAUGGUUAGGUGAUGAUGGUUUGGAGAUUAAGAGGCAGAUUACUGGUAUGAUGCGCUUGCUGAAUGACAAGGCUGGCCGUGUUUACCAGCGGGUGGGGAGAGAGGAGGAGUCGCUCAAACAGGAAGUCCAGGAGGAGGCUCUGGGCUGGGCCUCCCCCGCAGGCCUCUUCCCUGAAGAUCCUCACCCCAGCACCUGGAGCUCCGAGCCCACACAGCUCACCCCACAGUACGGCACCCGCUCUAGAACACAGAAGAACCACGGCAAAGCCCACGACAUGCCAUCGCCCCCCACACCCGUCGCCAUGGUAACCGAGCCCCCAUGCUGCAUGUGUAACUGUAAGAGCACCCUCCAGGCCAUUCUGCUGGAACUCCGUACUGUGAGAAAACUACUGCAGACUAACAGAGGUGUGCAGGAGAAGCAGGUGGCCCAGGUGAACACUGGCAACAGCCGCUGCAGGAAGAGAGCUCGCAAGAGGAGGCCCAUACGCAGAGUGACUGCUCUGACCCCACCCACAAAGAGAAACACGCCCCCAUCCCCACCCCCUGAGGCUGAGCACUCAGAGGUGAUUGGCCGAAGAGAGAGGUUACCCAGAGACAAGACUGUCACUGCCCUCCCAGUCACACCCAUCUCUAACCCCACCCCAACUGCAGAAGCUCCUCCUCCUCAAUACAGUUUGAUGAGAGGCCAGAGCUCCGCAGAGGCGGAGGUGAGAUUGGCAGAGGAUUAUGAAGUCUUUAUUCCGCGGGCUCAGUUAGACUCCAUCCUGCUGAACUACACUCGCUCUGGUAGUCUGCUCUUCAGGAAGCUGGUGUGUGCCUUUUUCGACGACACCACGCUGGCCAACUCUCUGCCCAACGGCAAACGCAAGAGAGGAGUGAAUGACCAGAGGAAAGGUUUGGAUCAGAACAUCGUAGGAGCCAUAAAAGUGUUUACGGAGAAGUACUGCAUGGCCAACCGAAUCCAGAAGCUUCCAGGGCCACGGGACUGGGUGCAGAUCUUACAGGACCAGAUCAAACUGGCCAGGCGUCGCUUAAAACGGGCUGAGACAGCUACAGACUGUGAGGAGACCGGCAAAAGGACGCGGACUGAUAAAACAGAUGGAGCCUGUGACAGGGUGGACAGUCUGCUUGCUGUGGAGAAUCCUUAA